UGCCAGAAGCUUGAAAUCGGAUGGCAACUCUGACGCUAAUAAAGCUACUGUCAAAGUUUUGCCCAAAGCUAAACCCGAAAUACAUACAUACGAAAGCCAAUUUCAAGCUGCUGCUGCUGAUGCUGCCCACUAGCAGUGGGCAAUUAAAAACGCAUUGGCAUUCGGGCAUUGUCAGUUGCAAGUGAAAGUGCAGCAGCCGAACGCGCCGCAACAAUGUCGACGCCAUCAACGUCUGCAGCCGCCGCCGACGCCGCCGCCGCCCACCCAACCAAUCAACGGGGCCUGGGCAAACAGCAGCGCCGACGCCUGGCCGCCUUCGAUUUUGACCAUACAAUUGUUUCCCAGAAUACGGACACUGUGGUGCGCGACAUGCUGCCCAAUGAGCUGGUCAGCUCCUGUGCUCUAGCCGAUCUAAUGGAAAACGAAUGCUGGACCGAAUAUAUGGCCGAAAUCUUUCGUUUAUUGUAUGCGCAACAAGUACCAGAGGCGCGAAUACGCGACACCAUACGCUGUAUACCGGAGGUGCCCGGAUUUGUGCGUCUUAUCAAGCAUUUGCAGAAGAAGCUGAAUUUCGAUUUAAUUAUCAUCAGCGAUUCGAAUAGUGUUUUCAUUGACGAAUGGCUGCGUGCACACAAUCUAUCCGAUUGUUUCAAUGCCAUCUUUACAAAUCCGGCCGAGUUCAAUGAGCACGGCCAGCUUCUGGUGCGGGCGUAUCAUCGGCAAACCGAUUGUAAACUGAGCGCCAGCAAUUUGUGCAAGGGCCGCGUCUUGGAGCAUUUUGUUAUCGAACAGGAUUUACGCUACAAUAUCCGUUACGAUCAUGUUUUUUACGUUGGCGACGGCAACAACGAUAUUUGUCCAGUUUUGAGGCAGCGCGCCUGCGAUUUUGCCUGCGCCCGUCAGGGCUUUGCUAUGGAGAAGCAUCUGAUCAAGAAUCGCAACAAAUUGAAGCUGCGCGCCCAUUUGCUCAUCUGGCGCAAUGGCUUCGAUUUGCUGGAGCAGAUCUGUGUGCUGCCCCAGUUGCAGGGUCCGCCGUCGCAGGCUCACAAUUUGGAUGCCAAUUGCAAGGCCGAAAUAGGACGACGUGCGUCCGCCGUGGCUGCUGCAGCUGCCGCCGGACCAUCCGAUCCAGUCGAGUAGUCAAUUUAAAACACAAAACUUUUACAAAUCUAUAUAUAUAUAUAUAUUCAUAUAUAUAUGUAUAACUAUUUCCCAAAAGAUAUAUAUUUACAUUAAUUGAUGGAUGGUUUCGGAAUCAUCAAGAGUCUUUGUUGUGAUCAAUGUUUAUAUAUAUGUAUACAAAUAUGCUAAAUAAUAAUGAUAAAUAAAUAAAUAUCUAUUUCGAAUUGUGCACAACACACACAACACACACACACACACACACACACACACUCAUCUUAAAUGUUAUUCAGUGUGUUAAAUGUAUAUUUUGUGCUCGCAGCUGUUGCUAGGUGUAAGAGAAAAUUGUUUGUGUAAUUGUUGAAUGUUGUAAUUAAUAUUGUUUGUAUAUACGAUAAACUAUAUACACACAAACAAACACCCACAUAUAUAUAUAUAUGUAUAUUUGUGUAUAUCCCGAAAAAUAAAUGAAUUUAAAGUUGUUGCAAAAUGCACGCCCCGGAAA